UCCAUAUUCUAUACGAACUUUCACUAAUUAAAAAUAAAAAUCGAUACCCAUAUUGUAUUGCCAAACAGAUCUUGCAAACGCAUCAACGAUGUUAAGGCAAGAUAUUAAUCGUAUAGAUCCCAAGAGGCGCAAUGUCGUCGACCACCGAAAGAAGCAAUUCGCAGAACCUACUUACAAGGAAACCGAAUAUCCUCAUCGUCUAAACUUUUACGAAACUCCUCCAACAGCAGAUAUUACCUUGGAACAAUUCGAGCAAUGGGCUAUCGAUAGGCUUCGGGUUCUCGCCGAACUAGAAGCAUGUUCAUUCCGCGGUAAAUCCCCCGCCGAGACGGCUACGCAUAUGAAGCCUCUGCUCGAGAAAUACCUACCACUCGAUUCUAAUUCGUCUUCCUCCACCAAGCUCUCCGCUGAGAGGCAAAAAGACCACUACAGCCAUUUUAUUCUCAGACUUGCAUUCGCAUCGACUGAGGAUCUACGACGAAGAUUCAGCCGCGUCGAGACAACACUUUUUCGGCUGCGGUUGGCCGACGAAACUGCACGCGAGCGGAAUGCUUUUAUUCAGAGCCUAAAUUUAGAUUGGGAACCCGUGGCCGAAGAUGAGAAAAACAAGUACUUUUAUGAGCUGACGGCGACUGCCGGCUCUAGAAAGGGAGAAGAAGAGACUAACUGGUACAAAGUCGAUUGGGAGCGCGUACCUGAUUUGGUCGAAGCUAGAAGAGUAUUCUUAAAAGCUGGCAAAGCCUACGUACCUUCAAAAGAGCUGCCAAGUAUGGUCACUGCCGAGUUCACGAAGAGACUAGAUCGAGCGUUAGAACUCACGGCGCGUGCAUUACCGCGGCUCGACGAAGAUGAUCGGCUUACACCGAUCCUGGACCACCUCUCAAAGAACUUCGUCACCCCCGACGCAGGUUAUAUCAGCGGCGGUGCUGCCCUUACCGGUGCCGAGAUCACAGCGAGGAACAUCGACAAUUUAUCAUCACAUUUCCCUCUGUGUAUGCAACAUCUUCACCGAUCGCUGCGUCGGGACGCGCAUUUGAAGCAUUACGGUCGUCUUCAAUAUACUCUUUUCUUGAAGGGCAUCGGCCUAAACUUGGAAGAAUCUCUGAUCUUCUGGCGUACUUCUUUUCACAAGAUAACGGACGAUACUUUCAAUAAGGAAUAUAAAUACAACGUAAAAUACGCGUACGGCGACGUCGGCGGAGAUUCAAAUAGGCGCGCGGGUGGUUCCUCACCAUUCUCGUGUCAGAAGAUUCUUAUGGAACAUCCACCUGGUCCGGGUGAAGCCCACGGGUGCCCAUACCGACAUUUCAACCUGGAGAAUCUAACCUCCUUGUUGCAACAAGUGGGCAUUUCGGAUCGCUCAGUCUUACAAGGGGUAAAAGAGGAUAAAGAAAACCAGAAGUUCCAUAUGGCUUGCAAUCGGGUAUUCGAAUACGUCCAUAAGAACGAACUCAAGAAAGCCAAGGAUGAGGGCAUCAUGACCGCCGCCCAGCUCGAGACGAUUGUUCAUCCAAACAAGUAUUUUGAGAGGAGCUACUUGUUAAAGAAUCCGGGGAAGUCUAACAAUGGUGACGACGUCAAGAUGGAAGGCUUUUAGGCGGCACGUACAUGAAUAAUUGUACUAGCAUAAUAUGAUUUGGAUGGGGACGAAGCGUACGCAUUGGUUCACGAAUUUCCCUCAGGGCCACUU